AUAGACUUCAUUUACAUCACUUCGCAAGUAGACAACAGUGGUCGUGUAGUAAACAAUCUUAUUUUACGGCGCACUGUGCUGAAUAAUAAAAAUGGCGACCACCGAAAUCUUAACAUCUCUUGAGGAACUCCAAUCUAUCAAGUUUGAUACAAAUCAUGAAGAAUCAGUUCAAGAUAAAGAAGAAGCCAUAUUAAAGUUAGGAUUAUCAUAUUCAAAGGAAGGAAAAAUUCAUGAGCUCAGCAAAUUAAUCAAGGAAACUAGACCAUUUUUACAAUGCAUGUCAAAAGCCAAAGCAGCUAAAGUUGUUAGAGAUUUGCUGGAUUUAUUUUUAGAUACAUGUAGUGCUGAAACUGAUACAAGCGAAGCUGUCCAAAUAUGCAAAGAAUGUAUCAGCUGGGCUGAAGAGGAAAAGCGAUUAUUAUUAAAGCAGACUUUAGAAGCUCGUCUUGUUGCAUUAUACAUCGAUUCAAAAUGCUAUUCGGAAGCAUUAUCUCAAGGUUCACUUUUGGUAAAAGAGCUGAAGAAACUAGAUGAUAAAGCUCUCCUUAUGGAAGUUCAACUUCUUGAAAGUCGUACAUAUCAUGCAUUAACAAAUAUUCCUAAAGCAAGAGCUGCACUAACAUCUGCAAGAACAACAGCAAGUGGUAUUUAUUGUCCACCAAAAUUACAAGCAGCUUUAGAUUUACAAUCAGGCAUAUUGCAUGCUGAUGAAAAUGACUUUAAGACAGCAUACUCCUACUUUUAUGAAGCUUUUGAGGGAUAUGAUUCAAUUGGUAAUCAAAAAGCUGUUAUUGGUUUGAAGUAUAUGCUGCUUAGCAAAAUUAUGUUGAACCUACCUGAAGAAGUUCAACCAAUAGUUAGUGGCAAACUUGCUUUACGUUACAGUGGACCUCACAUUGAUGCAAUGAGAUGCAUUGCAACAGCAAGUAAAAAUAGAUCUCUUCUUGAAUUUCAAGAGACUUUAGUAAAAUACAAAUGUGAACUUACGGAUGAUCCAAUUAUUAAAAGACAUUUUGACAAUCUUUAUAAUAAUCUCAUGGAACAGAACUUAUGUCGUUUGAUCGAACCAUUUUCAAGAGUUGAGGUGUCACAUAUUGCUGAACUUAUCAAUUUGCCACUGGUAAUUGUUGAAAAUAAAUUGUCAAAAAUGAUAUUAGAUCAAAAGUUGAAUGGUAUAUUAGAUCAAGGUGCUGGAGUGCUCGAAAUAUUUGACGAAAAGAUAAUCGAUAAAACUUAUGAAAACACCUUAGAAAUCAUUCAACGUAUGGGUGGAGUGGUUGAUUCGUUAUAUAAUAAAGCUAAGAAGCUGUCGUAAUAUUUUUAUAAAAUGUUUCAAUAAUCCCCAAAUGAAACGA